GACGAAUUAUGGGAUCAUUUCGAAGCAGAUCAUGAUUUGGAUGGUGGAUUUUCCUGCACAUGUGGACUGGCAUAUGAACGGAUGCCGGAUUUUCUACGUCAUUAUAUUGAUUGCCCUGUUGCAGCUACCGACCUGCAAGAUCCUGUCCACGAAUCUCCUUCUCAAAAAAGGAUAAAGCUUGAAUCGAAGCACCAGGGAAUUGUAGAGCAGACAAGGAUACCAACGGAAAAUGGCAGCUCUCAUUCUGAACUUUUGCCUAAUGAGGAAGGCGGUGAGGUUUUUCAUAAAUAUCGACAUCCACCCGUUUCACCUAUUAUUGGCCCAACCAAUGAUAAACCUUUUGGGUGCCCUAAAUGUCCCAAGGGCUUCAAAAGUAAGUCUUUGCUUGAGCAGCAUAUGCAUAUUCAUUAUCCACCUCGUUACAAAUGUCGAUGGUGUGGAAACAUGUAUAGGUGGCCACCUGUUUACUACCAUCAUAAACAAAAAUGUAAAAAACGUCCAGGAUUUAUGCUUGAUGACAGAAACGGUACAUCUGCCGUGGUUUCUCUUCGGAACUCUCCAAGAAUCGGCAAGCUUUGUCAUCGACGUCCUCUUUCUCCCGCUGACGUUCCUCUCAAUCUGGAAAACGGUCAUCCCAAACAAAGUGAUCGUCCGGUAGCAAUCGAGGCAGAGCCAUCACCUCUACCUCAGACCAUUCCCAGUAUUGGAUCCAUAUUGCCUACAGAUGUUCUUAAAGCUUCUGAUCCGUCCGUCAGCAUGCCCGUACAGGGUAGGGUAACUUGCCUUUGUUCUGAAGUUAUGCAUGAUUUUGAAUCAUAUUUUGAGCAUGUGGCAAAGUGUUCAAAAUUUCUUGAGCUUUCGCAUAUGACUCCAGCUCAACCCUCAGUUAUUACUAGUUCAUUUCAACCUCCCCCACCGUCUUUAUCAAAUGUGUCCCACACUUCAGAUACAACCAUCCCUUCUCCACCUUCCGCCUUUCAGUGCUAUACACGCAUGCCCUCUCCUCCAUCUGCAGUUUGUUUAGAUCUUUCCUACCGAAAAAGAAAACGUGAGUCAUACAUUGCUCGAGUAAAAGCAAAUAAAUUCACAAAAGGUGUCGCUGAUCAAUGCCAAAUGAAUGCCGAUGGAUCUUUUAGAUGCAUAGAAUGCAACAAAGACUUCAGCUCAAAAUUAUCGCUCAAACAGCACAUAGAUGGCAAGCAUCGACCCGAAGGGAAGUAUCUUUGCUCAAGUUGUGGCAAGCGUUAUCGAUGGGGAGCUUCGUUCUACUAUCAUAAACGAAACUGUGUCCACUCAGAAGACUUGCCAUUGACGAGAUUGCCUCUUGACCAAUCUACGCAGCAGCAACAACUUUUGGAACACAACGCACUUGCUGCUAGCAGUUAG